AUUUAUAUUAAAUUAAAAAGCUCAAAUAUAAUGAGAAGUCUUCAACAAGUCCAAAGAAGGGAGAAGAAGAGCUUAAAUUAUGCAUUUCAGCCCAAAGAAAACUUUGACUCGAUCCUAGCCCAUGAAAACAGGAAAAAAUUUAAGAAGCAGUAUAAAGAAAUGCUCAAGAGAAAGCAAGUAGAAUUUCAAAAAUAAGAAAGCUGAGAAAGACCAGAGAGAUAGAGAAUCACAAGUAAAGCCAGUGAAGAGAAAUUGGAGAGUGAGGGCAGGAUCAUAUGUGCCGUUCGAUAACAAAGACACAAGGAAUCAUAAAGUUCAAAACUAUCGUAGUGUGAAAAAAUCGUGUGACCAGAAAAUUAUCAGUGAUAGCAAAGAUACCUCUUUUAGAGGAAGAGAGGCAGGCAUUCUUUCAAUGGCCGGGAAUUCAUUAAUCAAUCGUAAAAACAGUGAGUUACAAAAAGAGGAGGCUAGAUUGAUUCAGGAUUAUUACAAAAAUUACAAGAAGCCUCAUAGAAUUCAUCAGUCAAAUCUGAAGAAAAAGAAGUUUCAUAAUAUGAGUCAUUCUCCUUCUCUGAACAAAAAGCAUUCUAUCAAGAAUAGUUCUUUUCCAGGGCAUAAAGACUCUCAGCUACUCAGUGAGGAAGAACGAGUGCAGUUAAUAGCUAAGCUUGAUAAGAGAAAGCAAGAUAUUUGGGCACAGCUCCAUAAACUUCCUGUUUGUAACAGAAGUCCAGGUGUCAUCCUUAAGGAGAAAGAGCUCUUUGAUGAGCUUGACCAAGUCAGUUCUGAUGCAGUCUUGUUAUAUAACGAUAAAAUCUAUGUAGCCUAG